CAGUCCGCUCAGAAAAGUGCUCCAGCGGGGAAAGUAUUGGAAUCGGUUUGAAAGGGGGGAAGUGCUAAUUUUUGAGCAAAGAAUUGCCUUGCUAACAGUCGCCACUUGUCAGACAGGGAGCAUUCCUUAUUUUUGUCAGUCUGCACACAUUUUUUUAUCUAAUUGGAUUCUUUUUCAGAGAGAAGGGAAUAUUUUUAGUCUGAGAAAAACUUCAUUUUAGAGCUCCCACAGACAAUAAAGCUAUCCGUUAAACCGCGUUAAAAGAGAAUAAAACAGGUGCGCUUGGAUGCUGGCUGUUUUACAAACGCUUUGGUAGAACCUUUAAAUCUGAUGACCGGAGGCGAAGAAAGCACCUCUUUCGUUAAAUCCACCAGUUGACUUGAUAUUUACAUAUUGUGAGGCAAUACUUUGAACAGCUAUGAUACUCGGUUUUUUUCUCUUGGUGACAUUCUUUUUGGGACUGUCCCGGUGCUUGGGUUCCUACGUCCCUUGUGAGCCCUGCGACCAGAAAGCUCUUUCCAUGUGUCCACCGGUUCCUGUCGGCUGCCAGCUCGUCAAGGAGCCGGGCUGCGGUUGCUGCCUGACCUGCGCUUUAUCGGAAGGUCAGGCGUGCGGUGUAUACACCGGAACGUGCACUCACGGGCUCCGAUGCUUGCCGCGGAAUGGCGAGGAAAAGCCGCUUCACGCCCUUCUUCAUGGAAGAGGAAUGUGCACGAACGAGAAAGGAUACAAACCUCCGCAUCCAGCCAUAGAUCGCGAGUCGCGAGAGCACGACGAGAUGGUGCCGACGGAGAUGGCGGAGGUCCUCAUGCCCAUGCCCAAGGUGCCGCUCUUCCCCAAAGACCACAUCAGCAGCAAGAAGGCCCAGGCUAUGCUCAAGGAUAAGAAAAGGCAGCAGGGGAAGCUGCGGUCCAUGGGCCAGGUGGACUACUCGCCCGUCCCCAUCGACAAGCACGAGCCCGAAUUCGGCCCUUGCCGGAGGAAGCUGGAUGGGAUCAUCAAGAGGGUGAAGGACGCUUCUCGCAUCAUGGCGCUGUCCUUGUACCUGCCCAACUGUGACAGAAAGGGCUUCUUCAAGCGCAAGCAGUGCAAGCCCUCCCGCGGACGGAAGCGGGGCAUCUGCUGGUGCGUGGACAAGUACGGCGUGCAGCUGCCUGGGACGGACUACAGCGGGGGAGACAUCCAGUGCAAAGACCUGGAGAGCAGCAACAACAACGAGUGAGGAGUCACACCCCACCCCCACCAACGCCCGCUCCCCCCCCGCCGCCGCCCCCGACCCGCCCCCAUCACCUGACCAAGGGCCCACCUCCUAUCUUACUGUCCAUUCGCCCACCAGUCACUUUGAUUUUAAAUACGAGACAAACGAAAAGAGAAAUUAUACUUUAAAAAAAAUGACAUGAACAUAUGAUCCCCCUUGACUGUGCGCUCAUGGCUAAUGUGUGAGAUCCAGCUAGAGCAGUUUCCCUGUCUGUCUGGAGCAGGAACCUUCUAGUAAGAACUAGGUCCCUGCACUCUAUUUGUAAAAAUAUAUACAUAUAUUUAUAUAUUUUUAUAGAAGCUGGGGUUUGAGCACCAAACGAUUUCUUUUUAAAAUUAAGGUAAUACAAACAUAAUGAGAAGAAGGCAUGUUGGUGAAAAAGGACCGUCUUGGUCUUUUGUGUCUGUACGUCUCUUACUGUCGUGGUGUCAGAAGACAUAGCAGGAAUUUUAAUAUAGGCUUUUUUUUUGGUUUGUUCUCCAGAAAUAAUGAAAGAGAUAAGAGGUAGGGAUCUGCUGAUGCAGUUCUCACUAUCCAGGUUUUAGUCCUGUCAGAGCACUUAUUCAUAGGCUAACCUCAUGUGCUUGAAAAUGUGUAAUUUUGGUAGGUUCAGUGUGCGUGUGUGUGAACGACUUUACAAAAGAAUGUUUUUUUUUUUCUCCUGUCAGAAGCCCUUCUAGUGAGUCUCCCUGAAGCUAGCUGGGAGAGGUCUAAGGGAGGGUGGGAGGGGCUAUCUGACUGACAGGACAUCUCUGGAAGUAGAACGGCAGGCGGGAGAAAAAAAAAGAAAGAAAGUCAUUGUGACCAGACUGUCGAAGCUGCUCUGUGACUCCGUAGCAAACGUGUUAUGCCAAUUGUGCCUAUGUAAUCAGACGCUGCCAUGUCAUGAGAGACACAGAGUUCUAAAGAGAACGCUGCUCCUGCUGGUGAAGAGACCGCGCAACGUUUGAUUUUGAUUGGAUGCUCCGAGACUGCCCUCUUCCCCCUUCCCUCUGACUAAGCUUUUAAUUGGACGCUAUCAAACCCCGGCUAGUACAGUACUAAACUUUACCCAAUAAAGGAUAUGAAUGUAAGUCGUUAAAAAAAAAAGAAAAAAAAAAAAGUAUAAUGUCUGAGAUAUGGCUAACAUAAGAAUUUGUGUUUUAAAACAUAAACGUUGAAUAAUAUUGUGGACUUGACGUGAAACACAACGUCGUUAACCAAAAGAGGUGUAUUAAUGGAAAGGUGAAAAUUAUAUGUCGGUCAGGAGGGGGACUGAUGCUGGCAUGCUAGGUGCUCACCAGUUUGGACCACAGCACUCUCUCCAUAGUGGUUGUGUUGGGUGUAGCCUUACCUGGAUUUGUUUGUACCAUUUUCUUUGCCUUCAUGUGAAGUGAAAAAACCGCCCUAUUUUUGAGCCAUAUUUCUUAACCAGUGGUCCCCUAGAUGCGGAAGUAGGUCUAACGUCGGUGUAUUAAUUUAACAAUAGAUGAAUGAAUACUUAAUUUUUUUUUUUUUUUACAGAGAACAAGAUGUUGGUGUUUUGAAAAGGACAUAGUUUAGCGUGUAACCUAUGCAAAAAUAGAAUUUGCAUAGUUUCUUUUUUUUUGGUCUUUUUUCCAGCUGGUCACAGCUGAGGGAAUCCUGGUCAUUUGAAUUGACGGUGGCCAGAAGGCUAGCCUGGUCCCACAUGCAUCACACCCCUUUAAUUAUCUUCAUAACGUAACUUAUCUUCAGUCCACUGCCACAUUCGCUGCGUAGGACGUCAGGAGCAUAUUCUCUCUUUGGAGCCUCUUCUUCGAAAGAACCGCCAUCGACACAAACAAGGUGCACAUUCAUAGACCAGCACAGGGCCAUUUAACGUGCUUUCCGCCUGUAUGUAAAUCUCAGUGCCUUCCUGCAUGCAAAUUCAUUUGAAUAGUGAUUUCCACAGACACCGACGGGAGAGGGAACACAGCUGAUGCCCUGUGUACCCAUCGUGCGUAGGAGAGAGGGAGAGAGAGGGGGAUAGAGAGAGAGAGAGAGAGCGAGAAAGAGACUUGUGUCGCAAAUGUGUGUUGAAUCCAAAAACAAGCGCACCCCGUGUUUGAGGCGAGGAAAAGUGAGGGAGGUCUGGACGCGCGUGCCUCUUGGACGGCUGUAACCGGGCCUUGUUUUGGUGAAGAGGCCGGGUGUCGCUUUGGCAGACUGACCGCACAACACGAAGGCGUAGAGACUCGCGCUCCACCAUAGCCAUCAGAGACGUCCAGUCCUUUCCGUCUUUUUUUUGUCCGUUCUUCUGCCAGAUUGUUUGCACUCAUAUCCUGUUUCAGAAAUGAAGUGAUGCACAUAAAUUCACUUAUGAUGUGAGGGUAGCCACUAGGCAGCCAGAAGGUUGAGUUUGCUAGAAGGGCCACAAUAGGGUAUACUACUGCUGGCCCGUGACCUGGACUGCUGCAUUUGAAAGCCAUUAAAGAGGUCAUUGGGAUGACCAAAAACGGGGACUGUCUUACCAACGGAGAGAAUAAUUUUCAAGUGUAGUCAUUCUUUUUCAUAAUUUUUUUUUUUUUCCAUUUCAUGUUUUUAUGUUUCCAAGCCAGUGAUUUAAGCUGAGGACAUGAUCUUGGGCCAUUUCCAUUGCAAAUGGCACCCAAAAUAGGAGAGACGCAACAACGUGGUCCGAGUCCCUCUCUUUGUACCCCCGCCCCCCCCACCACCCCUUCCCCCUCCCCCUCCCCCCAGCCCCAUUGGGAAAGCAGCUUGCACUUGAAUAAAUUAAAUGAUAACAGGACACCUUCCUCUAGUAGGCCCUUCUGAAAAUAUGCAGAUUUGUUUUUUUUUUGUUUGUUUGUUUUUUUUUAAAUUUUUUUUAUCAAACGCCAGAUUCAGGCCUCGGUUUCAGGGCCUGACUUUGAACUUUUGACAGGGGCUUUGGCCCAUGCCUGGGGUCCACAACAGCGUCAACUACGGAUGACAAUGACAGUAAUUAACUACUAAUCACGAUUAGAACUCCACCCUACUCGCGCGGCCCGUCGUCUGCGGGACCCGGGGCGGUGGGCGUUGGGUCUCGCGCAGGGCCCCCCCUCUCUCUCGUAGAACCUCCGCAGCGGAGACACAGAAAAUCGCGACGUCACAGUUACCACGUAGUUACAGUUGGCGGGACAGACAAAGGGGGUCUGUGGAAUCCGAACGGGCCAGGCGACAAGCAGCAGGAAACCCAAUCGUUUCCGUUCCUUUCGGGUCAGAUCUGCCGAUUACGGAAGAGGGAAGGGGGUUUCCGAAAAAAAAAAAAACAAAAAAAAAAACUUUAGCCCUUUUGUAAACGACAGUCAUGCGUUCCUCUUUAAAGGGGGAGGUCUCUUUGCACUGGAUGUCUCCCCCCGCUGUAGUCCGUGCCAGGCAGCUGCACGCCGUACUACGCUGGUGCUUUUUUUGGUUGGGCCUACCAUCCAAAUUUUAAAAAAUCAGCUAAUUACUUUAUCAGCCAAAGAGGAUGCACUUUUUUUUUAAUUGAUGCGUUUCUUGUGCGUCGGUUGUACGCAGCACAUUUUUGUGGGUGUAGCAGCCGGCGAGAGACAAGCAACUGUAGGCUACAGCCUGCGUUCGCUAUUUAGGCGCAUAUCAGACGUCGAGAAGUGAUCAGAAUUAAAAUCGCACUGACUGUUUAGCAUUUUAUUCGUAGCCUACACCAAGUGUGGCAGUUAAAACGAUGCGGUUAAAAUGGCAGUUAAAAUGGUCAAUUCAGCUGCUCUAAGCUCCGCCUGCGUCCCUGUCAGAUUCCCCGUCUCCUACCUGGUUAGACUAAUGCAAUAAAUACAGCUCGUAUUACAGUAGUAUCAACAGCUUUUUUCUGAAUGCAUAACUAUUUUUGUGGAGGAAAAAAGGCAACCUAUUCGAUAUAUUAACAUGACGUUAACGGCUUCUGAAAAAAAGACCCAUUCGUGGCAGGAGGACCGCGAAAAUGUUCAGCAUUUGGAACUCUUAAUGCAUAAAAAAGGAAGAAAAAAAAACUCAAAUUAUUAAGAAAAGUGAAUAUCACUGUGUAAUAUUUAUUCAACUUGUAAUUUAUGUACUCUUUUAAUCUUUGUCUUUUUGUUAUGACAAAGCAUUUAUUUAAAUAAAGUUAUGUAUUCAUUUA